AUGGUCGUAGAGCAGUUGAUACGCCAUGGAAGUGCUGAUAUUGACUGCCAAGCUAUCAGUGCAGCAAAACCUCUACACUACGCAGUCUCUGAGGGGCAUUGGGAAACGGCUUCCUUGCUACUCGCAUACUCGGACUCAAUGAGAGAUGGUCACCGCAUCUCAUCUGAUGUUUCAUCAACAAGUCUCACAUUCACCAAAGAAGAUUUGCUUCACCGACUUCUAAAGCAUCCGGACUUCGGAGGUCCGAACAAAAUUCUUCCAGGAAGGCGUAAGACUAUCCUUCAGGUCGCUGCUAGCAAGAAUGAUUGCGAAAUGAUCGCGUCUCUGCUAGCUUACCCAGACAUCGACGUGAACAAACACGACGAAGCGUAUGGUACAACUCCUCUGGUGACUGCUGUUGCAACCAACAAACUGGAAGCUGUGAAGCUACUUCUGCAGCACAAAGACAUCGACGUAAACGCAAAGAAAUGGAAUUAUUGGACAGCGUUGAGACAUGCAAAAGCUCACAAGCACAACGAGAUCGUCGACCUCCUCCUCUCCCACGGCGCCAUCGACUACGACGCCAACGCACCAUCAGCCGUACCAACAACCACACACAUCGACAACUCGCAAAAGACCAGUUUGCAACCUGACCACGAAGCGCACUUCGAUCCAUUCGACGACGAUAUGGACGACGUACCAACCGAAGCUUGGGAAGAGUUUCUCGCCAUGGAGGAAGGAAUGGAAGAAUGA